AAUAAAUACUUACAAAAAGAAAAAAGUGGCAAGAAGUAAAUGUUCCCAGAAACAAUAGUCACAAAUUACUUUUCCAAAUGCCCAUGUUCGUAGAAGUAAUUAAAAAUCGGUAUUAAUAACAAUGGAAUUAGCGAGAUACCACGACCUACGUGGAAAUUACUUAGUUAGCUCUUAAUCUUAUCAGAAAGUCACAAUGUUAAAGAAAAAUUCGCGCAAAAUACAGAGAUAAAAGAUAACUCGAUCGAGUCCCUUGACUCAUUUAAUUGAGAAGCGUGAAAUUGAAGUCGACUUCCGACAGAGCACAAGACAUGGCGCUGAAUAGCGAGCGAUCCUUGAUGCUGGUUCUACUGGCUGCCAUCUCCGUCGUUGGCCAACCAUUCGAUCCUGCCGACAAUUCCCCGAUGAAAAUAGAUAAUCGCAUAGUGUCGGGAAGCGAUGCGAAAUUGGGCCAGUUUCCCUGGCAGGUCAUACUGAAGAAGGAUGCCUGGGAUGAUUUACUUUGCGGAGGAUCAAUCAUAUCGGACACCUGGGUGCUCACGGCGGCCCAUUGCACAAUAAACCAAAACUCCAUCUUCCUCAUGUUCGGCACUGUGCAGCUGUUCAACCCGAAUGCCCUGAACAUGACGUCCAGCAAUAUCAUAAUCCAUCCGGACUACAAUGACAAAUUGAAUAACGAUGUCUCGCUGAUCCAACUGCCAGAACCACUGACAUUCUCGGACACCAUUCGGCCCAUACAACUGGUGGGCCAGUCGGCGGAUUCGAUAGAUUUUGUGGGCAGCCUGGCCACCAUCGCUGGAUUCGGUUAUACGGAAGAUGAGUACCUGGACAGCUCGGAAACCCUGUUGUAUGCCCAAGUCGAGAUCAUUGACAAUGCGAACUGUGUGCCCGUCUUUGGUGAAUAUGUCGUAGUGGACUCGACCAUGUGUGCCAAAGGAUUCAAUGGUAGCGACAUGUCCACUUGCUCCGGCGACUCUGGCGGUCCUCUCAUUACGUACAACAAAACCAACCAACAAUGGAUACAAAUUGGCAUCAACUCAUUCGUCGCCGAGGAUCAAUGCACCGCCCGGCUACCAUCUGGAUACGCACGGGUCUCGUCCUUCCUCGGCUUCAUUGCAGACAAAACGGGCAUUGUUGUAUGAAAUAGGCACUGACUUCAAUAAAAGCAUUUACACUGCGCGUCACCAGGAUAGCGCCCCUUGAGCAAA